CCAGGAGAAGGCAGUGCAGUGGCAACCAAGCGUAUUGCAAGUGGACGACACACGUAGAGAGGGCGAGGGAGACAAGCUGUCAAGCUAGCUCGCCAGCAAAGCUCUCCUUUACUCUAAUACAUAUCUUCUCUUAACUGAUACUUAACAGAAACCAUCAGCCGCAGAUCCUGAAACAUAUUUCCUGUAAUAGAGUAGAGGACAACGUUCCGAACAGACCCCAAGCCCCGCGAAUAGACGGAGACAUGGCAACGACAACCUGUACACGAUUUACGGACGAGUAUCAGCUAUACGAAGAGCUCGGAAAGGGAGCAUUUUCUGUGGUGCGCCGUUGCGUCAAGCUUUGCACAGGCCAGGAGUAUGCCGCCAAAAUAAUCAACACCAAAAAGCUUUCAGCAAGAGAUCAUCAGAAGUUGGAGCGUGAAGCUCGUAUUUGUCGCUUGCUGAAGCACUCCAAUAUCGUUCGUCUCCAUGACAGUAUAUCAGAAGAAGGCUUCCACUACCUCCUCUUUGACUUGGUGACAGGUGGAGAGCUGUUUGAAGACAUCGUAGCCAGAGAGUAUUACAGUGAAGCUGAUGCCAGUCAUUGCAUCCAGCAGAUCCUGGAGGCGGUGCUUCACUGCCACCAAAUGGGCGUGGUGCACCGAGACCUGAAGCCAGAAAACCUGCUCCUGGCCAGUAAGUGUAAGAACGCCGCCGUCAAGCUGGCUGACUUUGGGCUGGCCAUAGAAGUGCAGGGGGAUCAGCAGGCCUGGUUCGGUUUUGCUGGGACACCAGGGUAUCUGUCCCCUGAAGUGCUGAGGAAGGAGGCGUAUGGCAAGCCUGUUGACAUCUGGGCCUGCGGAGUGAUCCUGUACAUCCUUCUAGUGGGGUACCCUCCGUUCUGGGAUGAGGACCAGCACAAAUUGUACCAGCAGAUCAAAGCAGGAGCCUAUGAUUUCCCCUCUCCUGAGUGGGACACUGUCACCCCUGAAGCCAAGAACCUCAUCAACCAGAUGCUGACCAUCAACCCAGCCAAGAGGAUCACUGCCCAAGAGGCCCUCAAGCACCCAUGGGUCUGCCAACGGUCCACAGUGGCCUCCAUGAUGCACAGACAGGAAACGGUGGAAUGCCUGAAGAAAUUCAACGCCAGGAGGAAACUCAAGGGAGCCAUUCUUACCACCAUGCUGGUGUCACGGAAUUUCUCUGUGGGCCGGCAGACCACGGCUCCGGCUGCUGUUGCCGCGGCCGCCGCUGCCGCUGCUGCGGCCGGCACAACCGCGGGGCUGGUGGAACAAGCAGCCAAGAGUCUCCUGAACAAGAAGGCAGACGUCAAGCCGCAGUCAAACAGCACGAAAAACAGCAUAGUCACCAGUCCCAAGGGAAACAUCCCCUCUUCUGCUCUGGAACCUCAGACCACUGUUAUCCAUAAUCCAGUGGAUGGGAUCAAGGAGUCCUCUGACAGUAGCAACACCACUAUUGAAGAUGAGGAUGUGAAAGGGAAGAGCAUAGAUAGCAGUUCAGUUAAGGCCCAGUCCAGCACCAGUUCUCAGCCCGAGGCCAACCAACCAGCACCAGGCCCCGCCCCUGCCGUCUUCUCCUCCAAGCUGACAGACAUCCUGGGGUGCGUACGCCGGGGUUCAGGGCCCGUGUCCGAUGGUGAGGGGGGGGCCAGCACCCCCCCAGCAGUCCUGUCCGCCCCCUCCCCGCCCCACACCCCUGUGCUCCCCGUGCAGACGAGCCGCCUGACAGACAUAGUAAGCAGCGUUCGCCGGGGGUCUGGCCCCCAGCCCGACUCUGAAGCGAUCCCCGCCCGGGCCCCUGCCCCCCAGCCCCAGUCCCCCACCCCACCAUCGCUGCCCCCCUCCGACCCUUGCCUGUCCGCCCAGACACGCAAACAGGAGAUCAUCAAGAUCACAGAGCAGCUGAUUGAAGCCGUAAACAAUGGGGACUUUGAGGCCUACGCGAAGAUCUGUGAUCCUGGCUUGACCUCCUUCGAACCUGAGGCUCUGGGCAACCUGGUGGAGGGGAUGGACUUCCAUAGAUUCUACUUCGAGAACUUGCUGUCUAAGAACAGCAAGCCCAUCCACACUACCAUCCUGAACCCCCACGUGCACCUGAUUGGGGAGGACGCCGCCUGCAUCGCCUACAUCCGCCUCACGCAGUUCGUGGAUGGCCAGGGCCGGCCGCGCAGCAGCCAAUCAGAGGAGACCCGUGUCUGGCACCGCCGCGACGCCAAGUGGCAGAACGUCCACUUCCACUGCUCGGGGGCCCCCGCCGCCCCACUCCAGUGAAGGGAGAGACCGCUGUGGCCAUGUUUGACAAGAGUGCCAAGCUGAGGAGAGGGAGAGAGGGAGGAAAGGAGAACGAGUCCGGAGUUGGAGAGCUUCGAGCCUGCAGUGCCCCAGCCCUCCCACUUCCGGCACCCGUCCUCACCCGCAUGCACAUCUCUUUACAACUACCGCCACCUGCUGGGCUGCCCUAGCUACUGCAUCUGCCAACCAAACAUCCAAAUCAUGCCACCUCCCCCAACCUAAUCCCAACCUACCCACUCGCCUAGACCCUAACCCCAGCCAAAC